AUGCAGGCGGGCACGGCCGUUUCAGCACCAGGAGCACCACCACCGCCGCCGCCGCCCUCUGCCCCGUUUGACUUGGACCCCAGCACCACCACCGCCGCCUUUCUGCCCCAGCGUCGUCAGAGCCACCGCAGCACCUCGCUCUCCUCCGGCAGCGUCGUCACCGUCAACCGUCCGGGCUCCAUCUCCCGCAUUCGAUCGCAGAGCCCGGCCGCCGAUGCCAACUUGAUACCACUGCGCCUGGGCCGCGAUCCCAUGUCCAAUGACCACAAGCGUAGGAAGAGCGUCGCCCUCGAUCCCAGUGAGCACUCGGCCAGCGACUCCGUAGGCAUUGGCGCCGUAAACCGCUGGUCCCAGUCCACAACCUCCAGUCUGGCCAGUCAAUCGCGGAGAAACCGCUCCAGCAGCGGUGCUGUUCUGUCUUCACUCGUAGGGCAGUCAUUUUCACCCAGAUCAAGGCCCCACAAUGCGCUGGAUGCGUCUCCGAGAGCGAGCCCCCAUCGGAAACAUGUAGCCAACAACUCUGGAUCGCUUACCGGCAGCCCGCAACGCAGUCGACGGACAUCCACCUCACGAGCCGACAUCACCACCUCCCUAACCGCCUUACCCCCGCUACAUACCACUCCCGCCCUCACGGAUCCCAAUGAUACCGAAUCACCUUCCACCACCCAGACCCUCCAAACCCCAUUGUCGCAGCCUACGUACUCGUACUCCCAAAACGACUAUUUCGACCACGACGAUGCGCUUGCACCUUACGGCAUGGCGAAGACUAAACGAGUAAUGAUGGUGCGGAAUCACACGGCGCCAAUGCAGGUCACAAAUACAAGCACAGCCGCUGGCUCAGAAAGCCAGGAGACAAUAAAGCAGGCCGGGUCUUCGUCAUAUGCAGAGCGCGAGCGAAGAUCAAAGGGUCAAGAUGAAGGAAACAGCCACAGACGACCGCGAACAAGAGAGCGAACAGAAAAGGAUAAAAAGACCAUGCUCUCGAAAGCGCUGCAAAAAGCGAACACUGCAGUACUGUUGGACAACGCUCAGAAUUAUGACGGCGCAUUGGAGGCAUACAGCGAUGCGUGUGAUUUGUUGACGCAGGUCAUGGACCGCACAUCUGGCGAAGACGAUAAACGGAAAUUGGACGCCAUUCGAGUGACAUACAGCAAUCGGAUGGAGGAGCUGCGAAUACUCGUUCAAGAACGACCUACAACAUCUGAAGAGAAAGGCCUUCCUGCGAGGCCGAUGAGUGAGGAUAGCCUGUCGUUGAAGAGCCCGCAAAUGUUGAGUCCAGCAGGCGGCGUUCAACUGGAUGUAUCGCCCAUGGAAUACACCACCACACGCAGCACAUCUGACAUUCCCCGACUGUCUUAUCCGCGUAACGACCGGGACAGCUUUUUCCAAAGGACGAUGGAAGCCGUGGCCAGCUCAGGCAGUUUUGAUACGAGUCACGACGAUGAACAGCAGACUGUAGCAGGAGCGCAAGUCGAAGACCGCGAGCCACACCAGCCUCCAAGAAGAACAUCCGUUCACCUACCUCCUCCAGAACACUCUGAAUAUGUCCCGCGACCGCUUUCGCCGAGGAAGCCUCGUUCACCCAAACUGCAACCACAAGUAGAAGAAUCGUGGCAAAGGGAGAUUGACAGAAUCAGGAGCAGCGAAUCAGAUCGGUCGAGGGAUCGGGCUGACAGUAAGGAUUCGACUUCGUGGUUGGAUACCAUCGACGAGUCAGGGGAUUCGUGCUCUGACUCGGAUGACUUCCACGAUCAGCAGGGAAAUCGACGAAAGCACAUUCGUGACGCGAGCAACGAGACGGAUCCAGAUUUCGAUGCGGCCUUCGAUGCAGCUGUAGAAGCCGCCUAUGACGAAGGUCUUGAGCCUGAUUUAGAGGCACGAAGAAAGCGCUUGACCGCGUUGCGACGCGUACAGAAUGAGUCUGUACAAAUUCCCGCAUCGGAGAUCAAUGAGAUUCUGCCGGGAGAGUUUAACUCAACGAGCGUGCUUGACCUCGAUCCUGAUGACGAGGAAGAAGAGCGGAUUCUGGACGAGAUUGCGCAUGACUACGGGCAAACCUUCAACUUCGACCUUAAAACCAAGUCGGCGCUGCCGCGCCAGUCUGAUUCUAGUGGCUACUCGAGAAGCACAUGGCAGAGUUCUUCGUUGUCCGAUCGCGCCACAGCUGCGACGUCUCUGUCGACCGUUGCGGAGGAUGGGUUAUCAAGUCGAUUAUCAAAACCGUCUGGCGCAGGCUCUUUCUCACGAAUACGUGGCGAAAGCACGGCGCUGCCUCCUCCCACUGCACCUCCAAGCGGAGCGCUUCCUCGGCCACCUAGUGCGGGUAACAACCACACUUCUGUGCGCAGUGGAAGACUUUCUGGACUAAAUUCCAAGCAGCUCAAGAUUGAGACGUCACCGCAGCCUGCGGCUCGCAAACGUGCUUCGACGUUCCAUCACACGGCCAGCCCGUUCCUCGAAGAUGAGGAAGACCAGCAUGAGACUACAUCCGAGAAGGGGGAGAAGAUUGGCGAGAUGUUGGAGCCUACGCAGUCGGAUGCCACCCAUGACAACAUCUUGCAAUCGCCGCCCUCGUUGGAGUUCCACCAGGCUCUGGACGAGAUGACCGGUUCGAACGAGCAGCAGACGUUGGACUACAGGCCGAGUUACGAGGAGGUGCCGUCGGAGCAGAACACGUCGAGACCGACACUGUUCAGGAAGAACAAGUCUUCGGUGAGCUUACGAGACCAUGCCGAGCACACUGUCCUGCUUGCAUCACCUGAUCCGGAAUCUGGUCCGUCCCUUGUGACACCCAUGAGCUCGACUUUCAUGAGCUUUGCCUCAAGACGCAACCCGAACCCGCUAACGUCGCAGCGCGCGAAUGUACCGUCGCUUGGGCAAUCCUCGUUCGAGAGUCAGCAGGCUGGCGGCGGUAUCUACCUCUUCGACACGUCGUUGUCUGCUUCUGUGCCGCCAACCUCGCCACGGUCACCCAACCUAUCACCGUUACCGACCGGCCUGGAACCCUGUCCAGAGUCCUACCUAUUGCGGCCGUUCUGGCUUAUGCGUGCUCUAUCACAGACCAUCACACACCCACGAGGCGGUUUCCUCACUACCAAACUCUUCGUCCCUCGCGAGUCAUGGCAGACACGAGGCGUCAAGCUGAAGCUGGUUGAGGACAAGGUCGCCAACUGUGACUUGCUGACCGCUGCGCUUGGUCGCCUUGCAGGUGUCGAUACGUAUGACGCCGAUGCGGUCGCGGACGAACUACAAAGCUUUGAAGAGGUGAUGGAGCGAGUCCAGGCUGUCCUUGCAAAGAAGCUUGGUAGCGAUGUGGGCGUGCAUGGGGUCAAUGGCAUGUUCAAAGACGCGUCGGCAGCCACCGUGGCGACGGCCAUGGGCAAUGCACAUGGACCCGAUGGUGCGCCGGCCGACAAGGCGGCGAAGAGCAACUCUGGCAAGAGCUACCUCACCUCAUGGCGUAAGCUACGGAACAAGAGCUCAGGAACUCCACUCUCAUCGGGAUCAUCAUCACAGGCAUCUUCGAGACCCGCGGACAAGGAGCAGCACUCGAUGCCUUCGGUCCCCAUGACCAGCUUUGUGCCCGUCGAACGUCGAGGCAACAAGAAAGAGGCGCGAAAUCUGGUGUUUGAUGGUCCGAACAAGGAGUACAUGGGUUCCCUGGCCCGGCUAUUCGACGGCGUGCAAAUACUCGAUCAGAUAGCGCGCCAGGUCGAGGAUCCGGGGCUGAAGCACUCGUCGCCGACGCACGUUGGCCUCGAGCUUAGCAUUCGGCACGCAGCCGAGUUCUUUGGCUUCUACGUGUGUCGGUUCGUGUUGGGCGAUUUGAAUGCGUUGAUGGAGAAGUUUGUCAAGCGUGGGACGGAGUGGGUGCUCGCUUAG